AUGACGUCUUCAUCCAAUGCUCAGUCUUCUGCGGCAGAGAAUCCACGUAGGUCCGGUCGGAUCCAAGCCUUGUCAAUGGAUCGGGGCCACGUAGAAACCGCCGUGGUGGCUGAGGAUCAGAGACAACAGAAUAAGGAACCCAAGAAACCGGGGAACAAAUCGUCAGCGGGUCGAGGCACAACUCAAGAGACAAUUAUUGCAGACGGCAACAGAGCCCGUGCAAUCGACUUGGAUCACCCUCGUAUUGCCGAAUGGUGUUUAGAUCAAUGGGUCAUCAUAUAUCCUGCAUAUUGGGCGCAAACAAGAUAUAUGAACUUCAAGAGAGCCCAAGAGAUUCUCGAUUUCAUCAAGCCCGUCAACCUCACGGCCCCACAUGCUAACUGCUUGGGCCUCGUGUUCCUACUCAAGGGGACGGACUUUGCCAAACUAGAGGUCGGAUUGCCCAAUACGGAACCUGAGGGACCCAAAGAUGAGGACGACCAAGAUAUUCCUAUCACCGAGGCUUUCCUCGAAGACGGAUCUCAGGAACCCAUAUCUGGCUGGAUGCGUGAACCACGGAAAUAUGCCCAGAGGGAACCUCCCGCAAUCUAUAGGAAGGAGAGAGUUUUGAAAUACCCCCGCUUCCCUGAGUUCGAUCGAAUUGUCAAAGCGGCGGGCAAGAGCACUGCAAAGCCCAUCCAUAAGGAUUUCGGAACCGCCACCGCGGCUUAUAUCAAGCGUUUAACGGAGGCUUUACGCAAACCUGAGGCUGUGCAGCAUUGCAGGGAAAUUCACGAGAUUAUAACACAAGUACACGAGGUCAACAGCACCGUAGCCAAGCUCGGUCGAGACGAUCCUAGUAAAGCUACCAAUGCUUUCCGCGACCGUCUCUCAGGGUACCCACCGACUGGCAGAUGCGACGGUCUAUACAUGCUCGUUGAUUAUCGGCUAUUCGAGGACAUCAGAGAACAGGACAUUAGAAGACACGGGAAAGAAGUCCUGGGCGAUGAAGAAAUCGAGGACAUCCUGAGAUCACUCAACUGCGCAUCGAGUGGGAAGUCGCGGUCAUCUCUAGAGCGCGCAAAGAACGGAUGGAAGGUACUCAUUCGGGACGACGAAGAUGUACCAAAAGAGGAAGAGCGCACAGACAAUGGUGCACGGGCCUUCCGCCUUCCUUUCUUCGUCGUGGAGAACAAGACCGACGAUGAAGACAAGGAACGUGUCGCAGAGAACCAACGGCUGGAAUAUUGUGUUAGCAUCCUCAAGGCAAUCGAAGGCUUCGGCGACGGGUGGGGUCGGCCUUGUGGCAAAGAUAUCAGGAGAAAAGGCCGGCUCUAG